GUGGUGGUUGACAUCGCCGCUCCUCGCGCCGGAGGGAAGGGCGAGGGGCACGCCUCGCAUCAGGCCAGCCAUAAUCAGGCUGGCGCGGCUGGCCUGGCCUCCUCCCAGGGCAACAACGGCGACAGGCUCUUUGUCACCAAAGUGCCAUCGACGCUGAAUCGGGACCACAUGGAGAAGCAUUUCUCUCAAUUUGGUGAGUUGACCGACUGCUACAUGCCG